CAGAAAAGAAAAUAGAGUCGCAUCAUGCAUGGUCGUGCUCCUUUCUUCGAUGCCGGUUUAAGUAUCGCGCGUUAAUCGCCGUCUCCAAAAGGGAGGAUGUGUGCGCGAUGAUGAUGCGAGCUCCUAUCCUCCCUGAAGCUGGACUGCGUUUGCGCGGUCUUCUGCCUUUGUAUUGUAUUCGUCUUUGUAUCUUUUAGUAAACAAUUUCGGGCAUUUCGAAUAUUUUCUGCUGGUUGUCAUGAGUUGAAAUUGUUUCCAUCAUGAAUAUGACACCUCCCAAAUCUCCUGGGAGUGAUGUCGAGCAAGAUUCGAUUGAUCUACUCAAACAAAAGGGAGGGUACGGCUUUCACUGUGUUGAAGCGAACAAACGCAAUGUCUUCGACCGAAGUGGUUUUAUCCAUUCAGGCGAUGGCGAUUUACGUGGCACCGUUUCAAGUGACACCUGUUUGAGGCAGAACUUCGUGUUGGUGUUUGAUCAGUUAUUGGAUAUUGACAGCUCUUGCAAGGAAGAUUUAGACCAACUUUUUAGAAUAAGCAGAAACCGUAUUUGUAUUCUUGAUGCUGCUGUAAAAUCGAAUGCUGGAACAUAUGGAUUACUUUCUGGUGGCAACAGCUCAGAACCUAACUUUUCUGAGAUACGGCAAGAGCUUAGAGAGUUUUUCUACAUGCUUCGAAUUAUUUUGGCCACUCAGAGCAUAGAUGAGGAAUGCUCAUGGUUAUUAGAAGAAUUGCUCCCGUCCAUUCUGAAAGGCCUUUCUCUGAUUCGUGCUCAUUUAGGGUGGCUUUCUGAUCUCCCUAGCUAUGUUCGGAACCAUGCAUAUGUGAGAGGAGUUUCUAAGAGUUCUGCUGCUUUUCAUUUAUUUCACUGCCACCUUGAAUUGAGAUGGCUUCAUAUAUCCGUUUUGUGGACACUGAACUGGUGUCUGAAUGCACCUUCAAGAUUUCAGUCAUCUCAAAUGUCAGUAAAUUUGCAGACCAUUUCUUCUGAUUGUAAUCUUCAGAACUUAUUAGAUUCAACUGUAGAGUUGUGUGUAGCUGAUCUCUUCCAAAUGGUUGUUGGAAAAUUCAAUAAGAUGAGCAUGGAAAAUAUAGUAAAUACAUCCCCUUUUAAUUGCAUGUGUGUUAAAGAGCUGUGGCUACUUUUAAGACUCAUUGUCGAAACUAAUAAUAAUCAUGAUCCUAAGUCAUUUUGGAAACUUUUAGAAAAUCAUUUUGAGAUGCUAGUUAAAGAUGACAAUCUUUUAAAUUCUUCAAAAAAAGAGUGGAAUCCCCUGAGAGUGCCCAACAAAAUAGCCUGUGUAGAACCAGGUCUAUUUUCUCUUUGGCUGUUGUGUCACAUUGCUGAACUAUUCCGUUAUGCUACAGAUGGUAAUGUCGUGUAUAUGGCUGGACAUGAGAUAGAUAGUGGCCACCUUAUGCUGAAGCGAGUGUUGAGCAAUGUAACUGGCCCAUCUGACAUUGACGAAUCACAACGCCGUGUUUUAGUUAGCCUUGUAAAGAAUCUCAUGACAGAUCCAUGGAAACCUAAACCUGAACCUAUAAUGAUGUUGUGGGAAGGAUUUUGCCGUAAACUAGAUUCUGCUUUUCAGCUACCAGGAGCCCUGGCAUACUCUUAUGCGGUAUCUAGUGACUCAAUUAAAGAUAUUUUGAACUCUGUUGAUCAUGGUGAAUUUCCAAGUAAACAUAGCAAAACCAAUAGCUAUCAUAUGUUCCUCUCUCUUUUAAGCAAUUAUCUAAGGUAUGACGAAAAGCAAUGGAAGCAAAAGAUGUUUGGCCGUUUCUUUUCGAAGCUUUCAGAACGCAAAGUCAAUGGUUUAAGUGAAAUAGGAUUGUACCAUCUCACACAGCUUUUCUUGACUGUUGCUGCACAGACAGAUUUAGAGGAAAUGGGCCUCAAAUUCCAGAAGUUGGUGCAGUUUACUGAUUCUAAUGAGAAACGAAAUGAGAUGGUCAUGAAAGCCCAACUUUGUUUUAUCUAUCUCUUUGCUCAAAAAGGCAAACCAUUUGCUCAUCUUAUAUCUCAUUUAACAGAAAAACUGGUUAUGUUCAUCAAACUUAAUCAAACCCCAGUAAUGCAGGCAUUCUAUGAAGGGUUGAAGUAUAUAAUUAAUAGUAAUGAAUUUCUCCCAGCUGAUCUACACCUGGUGUGUGAAAAUGAAUGGAUCAGUCUCUGCUUACGUCAUGGCCGUCAAGACUCCAUUCGUAAUUUAUUGGGACUUAUGAAUGUUAUCCUGCAAAAAGUACAGUUGGUUCUGGACUCUAACAACUUAGUUGGUGGUGGUAUAGAAAAACUGGUGUGUGCUCUUCGUGAAAAUCUUCUGUCAUAUGUUAAAGAACAAAGACAUUCUACCUCAGAAGUAAUAGCUGAUCUAGCAGUUCAUUUUACUAUUGCUGCACUUGAAUUCAAUAUCCCUCCAUCUUGCAAAGACUCAUUCCAGAGUCUCUUACAGUUUUUCAUGAUCAGUGAAUCAUCAAACUUAGUUAUUGUUCAAAGAUACCUGUGCAAAAUUCUUGCAUUAACAAAAGUCCGUAAUAUAAUUGAAGCAGAUGAAAAACAGCAAGCAGUUUUCAUUCAGGCAUGGGUACGCUGCUGUACUCUCAAUGUGAGUAUUGAUCAGGAUCAAAGUAGAAGUGUAACUAAGCAGAUUUUCAUGUUACCGCUAGUGAAGAAAUUUAUCAAGGACACCAAUUUGGAUAAUUUAGACAGGAUCUCUGAUCCCCUGAUCCAUCUCAUUGAGGUCCUAAAAAAUUGUGACAAAGAGGAUAAAAACUUUUUACAAGUGCUGAUUGAGCCUUUAAAAAAUUUGGUGCCUGUUAUUAAAUCAGCACUGUUCCCUACCAAGUUGAAAGAUGUAAGUGCGAGCUGGAAAUCAGACAAAACACACAUAUUUGAACCAUCUAAAGAUGUCAUUGUGAGAGUGUUUUUUAUUUAUGGAAAGCUUCUCUGUAAUUGUGCAUCCUUUAUAUAUGAAAAGAACACCUCCUCCAACUUCUUGAUUACUCUUAUCACUACCCUAAUAAGACCACAGAAUGUUUUUGACAUGGAUGUCAGAUUGCCAUUAGCAAUGGAUGAAGGAUUGCGAAAGUCACUUCAUCUCUACUUAAUAGGGUUACACUCACUAGAUCCCAAAAAGGAAAAAUGCAUACAAAGAUUUUUCAAUGAAAUAGUGACUGUUUAUGUUCCACGGUUUGGAGUGACACCCCAUAAUGACCCAUUCUCAAAAAUAUGGGAUGAGCCAGAGCAUAUGCCAACUGCCAUCUACACUUUACAGACUGUGUGCAAUACAUUACUUCGCCUAGAUCAGCGUACAAAUUUACCUCAUAAAUAUUUCUUACAGGGUUUGAAUUUAAUCAAUGAACUUGUCAAAAGAAAUGAAUUUGAUGAAAUGUUAUUAGGAGUUCUAAUUGAUCAUGUAUUCCCCAACUGUUUGGAAGUAGUUGCCAGAGCCAAUGAUAUGAGUGCAAGUACAAGGAGAAAAGAAGUUGGGAAAACAUUCAAAACCAUAUUUGAAGCUGAAUCAUUUUUAACGGUGCCAAGUCUUUGGGAGCAAACAAACGCUGUACUAAAUAAUCUAUCUAUCAAGUACCUCAGUUUUACUUCAGAAAUAUUUAUGCGAAUGUUAUUAUUUUUGAAGCCAGAAUUUCCCUCAGUCAUCAAAAGGUUUCUUCCAACACUAGAAGCAAAUAUUAAGGAAGUAAUUUCAAAACGUGGCAGUGGAUCGGACAAAACUUUAGA